GUCAAGCCGUGUUUCGAUGCAACGUGGAGUUGUUUUGUGUUUGUGACAGCCCUCUCUGGUUUAAAGACUUACGUUUUUCCUCUUUAAACAUUAUCGACACCUCAAACACUGAACGCAGUCCCUAAAGGAAGAAAUGGGGAAACCGAAGAAAAAGAGUGAUCUCAGCCGGGCUGAGCUGAUGAUGAUGACCAUAGCUGACGUCAUCAAACAGCUGGUUGAAGCACAUGAAGAGGGCAAAGACAUCAACCUCAACAAAGUGAAGACUAAGACUUCAGCUAAAUACGGACUUGAAGCCCAGCCACGAUUGGUGGACAUUAUUGCUGCUGUUCCUCCACAGUAUCGCCGUGCUCUGGUGCCCAAGCUGAAGGCCAAACCCAUCCGCACUGCCAGUGGGAUUGCAGUUGUGGCUGUGAUGUGCAAACCCCAUCGAUGUCCACACAUCAGCUUCACCGGCAACAUCUGCGUCUAUUGUCCUGGUGGACCAGACUCAGACUUUGAGUACUCCACACAGUCUUACACCGGCUAUGAGCCGACAUCCAUGAGAGCGAUCCGAGCACGCUAUGACCCGUACCUUCAGACCAGACAUCGAGCGGAGCAGCUGAAGCAGCUGGGUCAUAGCGUGGACAAGGUGGAGUUCAUCGUGAUGGGCGCCUUCAUGGCGCUGCCUGAGGAGUACAGAGACUACUUCAUCAGGAACCUACAUGAGCUGUCCGGACACACCUCCAACAAUGUGGCAGAGGCCGUCAGGUACUCUGAGCGCAGCAACACCAAGUGUGUAGGAAUAACUAUUGAGACACGGCCGGACUACUGCCUGAAGCGACACCUCAGCGACAUGCUGGGCUACGGCUGCACGCGGCUGGAGAUUGGAGUCCAGAGUGUGUAUGAAGAUGUGGCUCGUGACACUAAUCGAGGCCACACGGUGCGAGCUGUUUGCGAGUCUUUCCACCUUUCAAAGGACGCUGGCUUCAAAGUAGUCGCCCACAUGAUGCCAGAUCUGCCUAACGUGGGCAUGGAGAGGGAUGUGGAGCAGUUUAUUGAGUUUUUCGAGAAUCCAGCUUUCAGGCCCGAUGGUUUGAAGCUGUACCCAACACUAGUGAUCCGAGGUACGGGUCUGUACGAGCUGUGGAAGACGGGCCGCUACAAGAGCUACACGCCGAGUGCCCUGGUCGACCUUGUGGCCCGGAUCCUGGCUCUGGUGCCGCCCUGGACUAGAGUCUACAGAGUGCAGAGGGACAUCCCCAUGCCGCUCGUGAGCUCCGGAGUGGAGCACGGCAACCUGAGAGAGUUGGCCCUGGCCCGGAUGAAGGACAUGGGCACUGAGUGUCGAGAUGUGCGGACCCGAGAAGUGGGCAUUCAGGAGAUUCACCACAAAGUCAGACCUUACCAGGUGGAGCUGGUGCGGAGAGACUACGUGGCUAACGGCGGCUGGGAGACCUUCCUGUCCUAUGAGGAUCCAGAGCAGGACAUCCUGAUCGGCCUGCUGCGUUUGCGCCGCUGCUCCCCACAGUCCUUCCGUCCAGAGCUGAAAGGAGAUGUGUCUAUCGUCCGCGAGCUGCACGUUUAUGGCAGUGUGGUGCCAGUCAGCAGCCGAGACCCCAGCAAGUUCCAGCACCAGGGUUUCGGUAUGAUGCUGAUGGAGGAGGCAGAGAGAAUCUCCAGAGAAGAACAUGGCUCCAGUAAAUUGGCUGUUAUCUCAGGUGUUGGAACGAGGAACUACUACAGGAAGAUGGGUUAUGAGCUGGAGGGGCCGUAUAUGGUGAAGGACCUGUAUGGACCUGAAAAGGACUGAACCAUGACCAUGUUCUUAUCUGGGCGGUGUUUACAGGCAAAAUAUACACACAAAGAAACUUUUUAUUUAUCAAGAUAAUAUUCUCAGGAUAUGCUAGCUGCAAUAUGUUUUGCAGAGAUUUCCCAUAGCAUCCGAGAACGUAAUGGUUGGGAUACUUUCUACUUUGUGCACACCAGGCACUUCUUUAGCAUUUCAUCCUCUUGCAGAUAAGAAGGAGUGAAAGGAUGUUAUGAAUAAACUGAUGCUGGGAAACCACACCAAAAAACAGCAUUGGCAGAUUCCACAUGGAAAUGAAUGUGUAGUGUUACCUUGCCGACUAACUUCAGCAAACUGCAUUCAUCCAGUUAGACGAGAAAUGAGAACAAUCUUCUAAAGAUUUUAAUUCUCAAAUGCCACAUUACUGGAAGAAUUUAACAUGUUUUUUUCUCCCAGUAUUUCUUGUGUAUUUGUCUGGGAUGAGGAACCUGUUUAGCAUCACACUUUGAGUUAAUCAUGUUUAUGCUGCAAUUAAAUAUAAAACCUAUUAUAAGAGAGUGGAGUAUUCAUUAAUGGUUGGCAGUGGAUGAAUGAACAGUGGGAAGUGUCCUCGCCGGGCAGCCGUUGUGUAAUUGCACAGUUUAAAUUUAUAGGGCAGGAAAUUGAAUAUUAGCGUUACAUAAAUUGCAUUUUUAAAGCCCCCCAGUUAAUCCUAUUUCUUGUUUUUCUGUCAUGCAUCCUGCUUCAUGUAGUCUAGCUAAAACAUCACAUGACCAUUUUUAUUCAAGAAUAAAGUUUAUUUCUGUUACUG